ACUCUGCGUUCUCCGCUCAGUCGUCCCAAGUCCCACUGAUCGUGGGUUGCCAAGCGAUACGUAUUCUCGCGAUGGGUCACCGCAAGGGCAGGCCUCUAGCCUCGGCAGUGGUGGUGGUGGUGCUGGUGCUUUUGGGUGCACUUGGAGGGAGCUGGGCUGACACCCCGGCCAAUUGUUCGUACGGAGACCUCCUGGGAACCUGGGUUCUCCAGGUGGGGAAGGGAGGACAAAACAGCAGUAUCGACUGCUCCAGCAUGGGCCCCCCGGUGCAGUCUGUGACGGUGCACCUGCAGAAGUUCGACCUCGCCUCGGACGAGCUUGGACGCCCUGGCUUCUUCACCAUCGUCUACAACCAGGGCUUCGAGAUCGAGCUCAACAACUACAAGUGGUUCGCGUUCUUCAAGUAUGAGCAGGCCGGGGGUAAGGUGAUCAGUUACUGCGACCAGACGUUCCCGGGCUGGGUGCACGACAGCCUGGGCCACAACUGGGCUUGCUUCCAGGGCAAGCGCGUUUCUUCUGGGCCCAGUGUCCCCAGGUCGACGCCGCUGGACGCCGCCACCUACAAAAGCGAGCCACAGAAGCUGUACGAGUACAACCCCGCGUUCAUCCAUGCCAUCAACUCGGCGCAGUCUUCGUGGAGGGCGGGGCGCUACCUGGACAUGGAGAGGCGACCCAUGGAAGAGAUCGUGCGGCGCUCGGGUGGAAUUGGCUCGAUCAUUCCUAACCGGCCCCGGGCAGCUGCUGCGAGCGACGAGACGAGGAGGCGAGCGGCCGCGCUGCCCGCGGCGUGGGACUGGAGGGACGUGCGUGGAGUCAACUACGUCUCGCCAGUGCGCGACCAAGGCGGCUGUGGGAGCUGCUACUCCUUCGCCUCCAUGGCCAUGCUGGAGGCUCGCGUUCGCAUCCUCAGCAACAACACGCAGCAGCCCGUGUUCAGCCCCCAGCACAUCGUCUCGUGCAGCCCCUACUCGCAAGGCUGCGACGGCGGGUUCCCGUACCUGAUCGCGGGCAAGUUCGCGCAAGACUUCGGCGUCAUCGAGGAGAGCUGCUACCCGUACAUCGGCCAGGACAGCAAGUGCCUCCCCAAGGACCCUAGCUGCCUGCGCUACUACACCGCUCACUACCACUACGUGGGCGGGUUCUACGGCGCCUGCAGCGAGGAGCUCAUGCGUCUCGAGCUGGUGGAGAACGGGCCCCUGGCCAUCGGCUUCCAGGUGUACAACGACUUCAUGGCCUACCAGGGUGGCAUUUACCACCACACGGGCCUGCACGAUCAGUUCAACCCCUUCGAGGAGACCAACCACGCCGUGCUGCUGGUGGGGUACGGCACGGACGCCGGCGAGCCCUUCUGGAUCGUCAAGAACAGCUGGGGCGAGGGCUGGGGAGAGGGCGGAUAUUUCAGGAUCCGUCGUGGCACCGACGAGUGCGCGUUCGAGAGCAUCGCCAUGGCAGCCACUCCCAUCCCCAAGAUUUGAUCUUUUUAUCUAGGUUCUGGUUUUUUUUGUUGUUGUUUACAUAAUCUUGUUAUCUGUGAUUAUGUUACAAUUGUGGUGUUGUUGUGUUUGUGUCAUAUGAUUAUCAUCUUUAUCUUGGGUUGCCACCUGUUUUAUUUUUUUCCCAAGAUAGUUCUCUUUUUGGGUUUAGCUGUCCUGGAAAAUCAGUAAGUCUUCCCGGGAAAAAGUCUUGCUUUUAUCAAAUGUGUAAUGCACCAAUACAGUCACGGCCAGAUUAACCCAGUUUAACACGCAGGCUUCCGCGACCAACUCUGGCUGAAGCCUGAUGAUGCUAGUUGUAAUUACUGGCGAAACGUCGGACUCUAAUUGUAAAUAUUGUGGGUUUACUCUCCAGCACACAGGUCUGCUGUACUAGUAACGAAUUGUCAUAUUUUGCUUACGUGACAAACUUUACUAAUUGGAUGUAUCGGGUGGUGGCGGGUUUCAUGAUACAAUUUAUAUUUACGCGAUGUAACCCAAAAACCUCUUAUGGAUUAACCCAUAGCCAAAUAAUGCCUUAGGCCAUCAUAUGUUUGUAGGCCCUCCAUCCAUGUUGAAGCAACAGCUGAACAACGUUAGCAGCGCUAUCGGAAUGUCUUUUGUCUUUGAAUUACGAUGACAGCAUUCAUUCAUGACGGCUUCACAGCCAAAGUUAGAAGGAAACAAAUACAUUUGAAGAAAUUGAGUGAAGCGAGUGAUUUAUGUUUGAAGAAAUUACGUUGAUUCGAAUACAUUUAUGAAUUUUACAUAGGUGAAUAAAUGUUUGAUGACUUCUAGACAAUGUUUUGAAAUCCAUGUAGGCCCGUCCCUCCUAUUAAGUCAUCGGCCCAUCCAUCUUAAUCCGGUCCUGAUACCAAUACAUUCACAUUCCGUUUUCACCUGUUUUAAUAUUGUAAGAUAUUCUUCUCAUAUCUCACAGUUGUUUGAGCCGUCGGAUGGGGGCCAUGUCAUCAUCGUUACCAUGUUAUGAAAUAGAGAAAUGUUCUUGUGGAGCUUAAAACGUGAAAAGUGUAAAAUCACAACGUGUUGGGGAAUGAAGCCUGAACAAAUAACAUACGGGACACCCUCAUGAGCUAGAAACGAAAAUGUUAAGUAAAAAGAAGCCCUUUAAUAUAAUCGUCGUGGUACAGACAUUGCCAGCUGAGUGUUCUAACAUCAAUUAGCUCUGUGGACAACCCAGUCACCUCACAUUCAUUGUCACAAUGAACAAUGUCAAGUUUUUCAUUUAUUGUGUGGACUAAAGCAGCCCACUUUCUUGGCGCCAUCGUCUAUAAUGCCUUACAGAUGUCAUCAAUCUUACUUCCACGAUGUUAUCAUCAUCCUUGAAAAUGUUGUUCAUUUUCCUCCGGAGUGAUUGUCGUCUGUUUUGUGCACGUGAUUUGCGACGAAGAAAUUACGUUAAUAUUGAUGUUUUCUUUAUUGAACUAUGACCUAUGAUAAUCACUGUGAAGAGAGUAUUUUCAUUUUGUGCAAUGAAAAACAUCCAUAAAGUGUGUCACUUGGCACGAAUCAUCACA